CGUCCCCGGCCUCGGCCCGCUCGGGCGGCUCUUUGACAGCCCCUCCUUGAGAGCGUCCCCCCGAAACCGCCCCCUCCCCAGGCAGCGCCCUCAUUGUGUCCCCAGGCAGCGUCCUCCAUUGGGCUGCCCCAGAGGCCUCCUUUGACAACGCCCCCAACCGCCCCUUCCCCAAACACCUCCCCAGAGGGUCCUACCUAUUGUGUCCCCAGCCGUCCCUUCCCUCAGGCUGCGCCCCCAUUUUGCCCCAGUGUCCCUUCCCCCAGGCAGCUCCGUCUGUUGGGCUGCCCGAGACUUCGCUCUGACCCCACCUUCAAACGGUCUUCUCCCAGCGGGCGCCCCUCAGUUGUAACCCCCCAGCUGCCGUCUCCCCAGAGAGUGCCCUCCGUUGUGCUCCCCAAACGGCCCCCAACCCGGGCAGCGCCCCAAGCGAGCUGCCCGUGAGGCGGUCUCUCUCUGACAAUGCCCUAAACAUCCCAGCGCCAGCCCCCGUUGUGCCCGCGUACCGCUCCCUUUCCCCAUCAGUCCCCCAUUGUGUCCCCCAACGCCUUCUCCUCCAGAAGGUCUCUGACAGUGCGCCCAGAGCAGCCCCUCUGCCUCCCGGAGCACUGCGCCCCUCGCCCCCCCCAAAGAGUGCUCCCCCAGACGUCCCUGCAGACAUGGACCUUCAUUGUACUCCCACGAAGGCCUCCUUUGACAACGCCCCCAAACCCCUCCUGCCCGGAGAAAGCCUCCCCCUCCAAGCUGUUCCUCACCUUUAGACCAAGCCUCCUGGUAACCACACACACAUUCCCCCAUAAAACCUCCCCUGAAAGGCUCCUUUCAAAAGCACCUCCCCAGCCGCCCCCUUGUCUCCCCUGCCGUGUCUUCUGCCCACCGGGCCCCUGCUGAGAUGAGUUACCCUCAACUUUCACCCACUGGGCUCCCCCCCAUCUGUGCCCCUCUCCCCCUGCAGAGUCGAUCCCCUCUCCCAAACAAUGGAUUCUUCCAGCUCACCAGGGACCCCCACUCUCUUAGUGUUUCCUGCCAAUGAGUUUCCAGAAGCCUCCUUGAAAAUGAUUUCCAGACCUCCCCCAUCGCUCCUCUUGAAGAGGCUUCCUGACAGCAGCCCCCAGCACAAAGACGUCUCCCUCUCUCAGAUACUUCCACCAAGUUGCAGUCGACUUCGCCAAAUUCAAAGCAUCCUGACCCAAAGCAGCAAGUCUCAGCCGGAUGGCAUUCUCUGCAUUUUAGGAAUUGACAGCAGAUACAAUGAAGGCUGCAAGGAGCUGGCAAAUUACCUUCUCUUUGGUUUGUACAACCAAAGUAUCAGUGACACUGAGAGAUCGGAGUUUUCUGAAGAAGCCCUAGACGAUGUAAUUAUAUUGAUCAAAUCUGACAGUGUUCAUCUAUACUGCAAUCCUGUGAAUUACCGUUAUCUCUUGUCCUAUGUAGCACAUUGGAAAAACUUACACAUCCACUGCAUGACUGAAAAUGAGUAUGAAAAUGAAGAAGCGGCUGAGGAAUUUAAAAUUGCAAGCUUUGUGGACAUGGUUCGAGACUGUAGCCGAAUCGGCAUACCCUACAGUUCUCAAGGUCACCUGCAGAUAUUUGAUAUGUUUGUGGUGGAGAAGUGGCCAAUCGUUCAGGCUUUUGCACUUGAAGGCAUUGGUGGGGAUGGAUUUUUUACCAUGAAAUAUCAGUUGCAGGAUGUAAGUAUGGACUUGUGGAAAGUCUACAGCCGGAUGGAUCCUGUGUCACUGGAGAAUUUGCUGUCCCAGGAUUUAAGUAUUUUUGAAUAUCAGUGGACCAACUUCUUUGCUAAUUUUGACACAGAAAUCCCCUUCCUACUGGAACUUUCGGAGUUCCAGGCGAGUGAGCCGUUCAGAAGUUACUUCAGUCAUGGCAUGCUCUCCAGCCACAUUACUGACAACAGGCCAAGCAGACAGCCAUUCGUUCUUUUUGGUUCUCACUCAACACGAGAAAAUCUCAACGCCAGCAACUUCAACUUUCCUUCCGAGGGGCACCUGGUGCGGAACACCGGCCUGGGAGGGAGCACCACCAAGCACAUGGUGGUACAGUGUGUCUCUCCAAAAGGACCCCUCGCUUGUUCAAGAACCUAUUUUUUCGGAGCUUCUCACAUUCCUGAUUUAGGAAAAAACAGUGAAUUGCCCAGGAAAACUGUGCAAGUUAGGCAAUUGUGCCGGAUAUAUACUGCUGUUGUUGAGGCUGUUCUGGCUGGCAUUGCAUGCUAUGCUAAAACUUCCAGUUUAUCUAAGGCAAGGGAAAUGGCACGGCUGACACUUUGGGAUAUGCUAGCAUCAUUUGAGAUGAAGAAGCUUAAGUCUGUUAUACGCCAGAAAGUAGCUUUUAAUAUCCAUGCUGUGAACAAUCAGGGAAGAAUUGUGCCUCUGAACGAUGAAGACAGUUUAUACUCUGUUAAAACGGCCUCCAUGAUUAUAUAUGAUAUCCCUGAUCUGAAGAGAAAAAAAGAAUGCUUGGGAUCUAUAAUCUUCUCAGAAUCAUUUUUGACAUCUCAGAUUUCUAUUAAAGAAAAAGAUGGCAGUGUUACUACAGAAACCAGCUACAUGAUUCUGACUGCGUCCAUCCGAAGAUUCUGCUCUUGGCUGGUGGAAGAUAUUGAAGUGAAAUUAUCAGAAAAGGCCCAGCUCUUGGUAAAGAAGACUGAGUCUUUCUUGGGUACCCACUUGACAGGAGGAGAAAAAGCAUAUAUUUAUUCAAGCAAUGCCCAAGCCUGGCCAGAAGAAGGAAAAAUUCACUUCUUUUCAAAUGGUCUUUUAUUUUCCCACCGUCAUUAUGGAAGUAUCACCAUUUCUAAGAAUCACAUGAAUUCCAUUUCCUUCUAUGAUGGGAAUUCCACCAGUGUUAUCGCUGCCUUGUUGAUAGACUUCAAAAGUUCCUUGCUUCCUUAUCUUCCAGUUGAAUUUCACACAGAGAGCAAUUUUCUGAUGAUUGCCUUUUUCCCUAAAUCCAAGAUGUAUCAAGCAUUCUAUGCAGAGGUCUUCUCUCCUUGGCAACACUCAGCUAACUCAGAGCUGGCUUUAAAAGUGAUCCAGGAAGACGGAUUAUCCGAAGAACAAAAGAGAUUGUAUUCCAAUAUGCAAAAACUCUUUACUGCCCAGUCCCUUCCUGUUGGAGAAAGAGGGAAUCAGCUCAAACUCCUGAAUGCUCGGCUCCCUGAUCUAGACAGGUUUCUCCCACAUUUUGCCAUCUGCAGUGUCAGCCGGGAGCCAGUAAUGAGCUCCCAUUUUCCCAUCCUCCUGCAACAAGGUGAAAUUGAGCCUGCUCAGAAAGAGGAAAAUGAAAAGGUGAUUAUGAACAUUGUCACCGGCCUACCAGGCUGUCACGCCACUGACCUAAGUGCUUUCCUGGUCAGUCUUCACAAGGAAUAUGGAAGGUGGAUGGUGUAUAGGCAAACCAUGGACACCCCUGAAUGUUUCAAUGCAGCCCACUUCCAAAAAUACCUGAGCAGUGCCCUGGAGGCCCAGCAGAACCGCAGUGCCAGACAAUCGGCAUAUACUCGGAAAAAGACGAGAUUGUUGGUGGUGUUACAAGCCUACAUGGAUAUUAUUGAUGUUGUCCAGGCACUCCAGACUCACCCUGACUCAGAUGUGAAGUCUACUUUUGAAAUUGGCACAAUUACUACAUGUGUGGAGCCCUUAUGCUGCUACAUGAAGCACAGAUUCCUCUUUCCCAAGUUUCUCGAUCAGUGUUCCCAAGGUCUGGUAAGCAAUAUCGUGUUCACUAGUCACACCACGGAGCAGAGGCAUCCUCUCCUUGUGCAGCUGCAAAGUCUCAUCCGAGCAGCAAAUCCAACUGUAGCUUUCAUUCUUGCUGAAAAUGGGAUAGUGACCAGGAAUGAAGACAUUGAGCUGAUUCUUUCAGAAGACAGUUUUUCAACUCCUCAGAUGCUGAGAGCUCGCUAUUUAAUGUUCCCUGGCUGGUAUGAAGGUAAAUUUCGUGCAGGGGCUGUCUUCCCACCAAUGGUUCAGAUCUGUGUCUGGUUUGGCCGUCCCUUGGAGAAGCCUCGUUUUGUAGCCAAAUGCAAAGCAAUCAAGUCCUUGCUGCAGGCGAGCCCCUUCUCUGGAAAUGUCUACCACAUCCUGGGCAAAGUAAAGUUUUCAGACUCAGAAAAACUGAUGGAAGUUUGUCACAACACACUCAUGAAUUCCUUAAGCAUUGUGCCGGCUCUGGAGGGUCCUAACCCACCCCCAGAUUCCCGCGGAGCUCCUCGAGACGGCGGCGCUCAGCAGGAGAGCUACCUCGUCUUCAUCGGCUGCUCUCUGAAGGAGGAGAACGUCAAGGACUGGCUGCGGCAGACUGCAAAGCAGAAACCCCAGAGAAAAGCCCUGAAAACCAGGGGGAUGCUGACGCUACAAGAGAUCAAGAAUAUUCACGUGAAACGCCACCUAGACCCCCUGCCUGCGGGUUAUUUUUAUAAUGGAACCCAAUUUGUCAACUUCUUUGGUGAUAAGACUGAUUAUCACCCACUAAUGGACCAGUUUAUGAAUGAUUAUGUGGAAGAAGCAAAUCGGGAGAUUGAGAGGUACAACCAAGAGCUGGACCAACAGGAAUACCCUGACCUAUUUGAGCAGAAGCCCCCCCACUAGCGCAGAAGGUUCUCCGUGCCCAGGCAGAAGUUCCAGGGCACGUGUCCCAGCAGCAAGGCUGCCACCUCACAUGUCAUCCCUGUCCUCACACUCUGAGACAUCACGGGCUUUCUGGCCUUCGGUGCUCUUGGAUGUGUCCAAGGAUGUGUUUCCUGGCAGGAAGCUGCUUCUUCAUUGUUUGUGCUGUCUCAUUUGCAUGUGGUCCUGAGUCAAGAUAUACAGUGCUUUCCCACAACUGUCACCUGGACUCUUAUUCCCUUUUCCGAGGGCAGAGGAGCGUGAGGGACUGGAGACACUCCAUGCAGUGGUCUCAGGGUGGUUGUGAGCUGGCCCGGUCCCGUCUCGGCCUGAAAAAUGAGCCUGUGAAAAGAGGCGUGGGCUGUUGUCUUGUGGGAGUGGGUUGGGUGCUCUUCGAGGUAAGGGAGUACCGGAGUUGCAUGGACGGUCCUCCCGAGCUCGCUGCACCGUACCUUUCACUCCUCCGGCAUUGCCCAAGUCUGGAGGAAGCCCCUCCCCCUCCGCCCGUGGCCGCUUAUAAAGUCGCUGAAAUGGAGAGAAGGUGGGACUUCUUGCCUCUUGGAUAGAGCCCACCCAAGGGCCCAGUGUCCCCCUCUCUCCUCAGCUACGGUCAAUGCCCAGGCCCCGAAGUCUGAGGACGGCCCAUCUGGGAAACUCCUGGCCAGUCACCUGUGAUAUGAGAAGAAAUGGCUGGUUUCCUUUCCCUUCCAGACUGGAAGAAGUUCUAAUGGGGUAGAUCAUGUCUCCCAGAGCUGGCUUUCUUGCUUUUGGAGGCCGUUCCAGCACUGUUCCUUCUCAAUUUAGGAAAAAUUAAGGGAGGACAUCGAAGUUCUUGGCUAGUCGGCACUAUUUUGGUUUAGAGCCGUUUCUUAAUUGCAGGCUUCCAAACAAGAGAUAGGGGAGGGAGGUCAGGAGUCUUGUCUCUCUCCCAGAUGCCUCCCAGGCUGGACUUCCCCCACAUAGAGUCUAACUCUGCCUCCUUGCUCUCCCUACUUCCACGGAGCCUUAGAUCAGCUCUGAUAGGGCGGGGGAGGCUUGGGUUUUUACUGUGGCGAGACUUCCUCCCAGUCUUGGCCAUACCCAUAUGAUGCAAUAAAACUUAAUUGUGGAAAAUUUACUCCAAAUCCCCCAGCCUCCUCACUCUCCCUGGCUUUGGCUCCCAAGGGAGAGCAAUGUCACCGUCUUCCAGCAAACAAAUUCACAAUAUUUUUUGUCUCUUUUGCCCAAGGAAACAAGGAUAGUGUUUGGGGUCCUACUAUUCCUUCCAUUGGUUUCAGUAGGACGUUAAAGCAAGUGUGACUGAUUCUUGUUCAGAGCACACAUGGCUACUUGGCAUUGGGUGUCCCCCACCGCAGCCCCUUGGGCCGGACGUGGGCUCAGAAUCCCAGGUAACCUUCCUGUUGUGGACUUUGGCGUCGUCAUGUUGCAGCUUAACCCUUGAGCCCUCCCGAGCUUAGAAUAUAGUCUUGUGCAUGCCUUAGGACUUGGUAAAACAUGUGGUGUCUUUACAAAGCACAUAGGUGACGCCAUGAUUGAGCUUUGGCUCUGGGGGGGAAAGCCUCGCCGCCCCAGGGAGAGAGCUCCGUGAUGGAUCCCACGAAUUCUCCAUGCAUGACUGCAUGUGGGUCUUCACUGUACUUAGUGCCUGCUAAGGUUAGUGUAGCAAAACUGUCUUCAGGGGCUUGCCCGGGUUUGAAAGCCGGUCGAAGGUAUUGUGUUGGGGAAGAUAUCGAUCUGUGUUUUAAACUGGGAAGACGAGAGCCCAGAUUCUCUUCACCUGGAAAUGUCGCACUGAAAAAGGCAUCUGCAAAAGGAGGUGCCUGAGCGAGCGUCGUCUGCCAGACCCCGUUUGGCCGGCCACGACAAGGGACCGCGCCGCCGCCAAAGCCAUAUGGAUCCUUCGUCGCCCGGGCAGCCACGCGCCUGGUGCAGGAGCGGCAGGGACGAUGGGCCGCGGACUAGCUCCUUGUCUCUGCUUGGGGAUCAAUAACUGUGUAGACUUUUAAGUGCAAUUGAUUAAAUAAUAGAUGAAGAUACUGUAGCUUUUUUGUUUUGCCGAACUCUUUUUAAAAACUCAGAAUUGUGCAGCCUUGGGGGUGGGGGUGGGGGACACACCAGUGGGCCAAUUCAUUCAACUAUUGCUAUGAAGUUUUGCAUGAAACUCUUAUUAGAGAUUGGGGGAAGCCCCAGGAGCUCUGGGGUCUGAGAAUUCUGCUGCACAAAGACUCCAUUUUUAAAGAGAGCGUCGGCUUCCUGGCCUUGCCAUCCAUAGCAUAGACCCUCACGCUGCUGUAUUGCUCACUGCGCAGUGUUCUUGGUGACUGACUGACUGUAUAAUCCCCAUGGAAAAAGUCUUUUCACCAACCUGUGGUACUGUUCCAAUUUCCUCCCCUACGUUGGGAUCAAAGACUAUGUGAUUACCUCAGCUCUGAAUAUGAAACUGUGAUUUUGAAAACGUUCAUUUUUCAAUGUUUGAAGCCCAAAUGGCAAAGCUGUGAUGAGGGGUGACCGCUUGGAGCUGGGCGGGCCAGAGGGCAGAGCUCUCCACCCCCCUACUGUUCAUUCCCUUUCCCCUCAGAUUUGAGUGUGAAAGGGAGAAGCAGUGUUGGUGAAAGGACUUUUAAGUAUAACACACACCAUGUUAACGUAGUUGAAGAGUCUUAGCACAUCUGGCUAAACUGUAUAAACUCUUUGAGGACCAACGCCUGUAAAUGGUGAUCCUGGAGCUUGAUGCCUAUGCCAGGCCUAAUUGGACCUGGUCUGGCCUCUGCUAAAUGAACUCUCAAUGAGGCUUCCAAAAGUGGGCCACCUCUUGGUUUGGACGGUGGCUCUCCCGUGGUCGCUCUGAGAUGGAGGGUAGGCUGAGUCCCCCAGGCGGGAGGACCCUCGGCUACUGUACAGCCUGGGAGAGUGCCAUCCCUCAGAGCGGCCCGUGGCCCAAAAGAAGUGCCAUUACACUGUGUCUUAUCUUUUUACUGUAGGGACAGGAACUGAAGGUUCCCAGAGUGCAGGCACGUGUCCUCAAGGGGUUUACCUGCUUUUUGCUGACCUUGUUAGCAGCUUAGGUUUUGUAUCACCCGGAGUGAAUGAGAUUUAGAAUUUCUGAAGUUAUAGUUGGUUUGGUUUGGGGUGGGGGGUGGGGGGGGUGCAAUCACCUUAUCCAGGGACUUUUUUUAGUACCCUGAGCCAGGAUUUGGACUGCAGCUGUGAAGCCCACAGGCAAGACCCUGAGCCCAGGGGAUGGCCAAGGAAAUUUUCUCUCCAGAUUCUUUGGGGAUUUUGGAGAAUUUGCACAGUGGUAACCUCUGGGAUGCCCUUUGGGCUUCUAUAACCGGGCAAAGUUGUAAUUAGGAUAGAAGCUUCUAAACUGUGAGUGUCCAGCUGCCUCGUGGGGUUAAUUGUCAACAGAUUUGUAAAUGCGUCUAACAAUCUGGGUUAGACACACACUUCAGAAUUGUUCAAAAUUAUCAAAUGUGACCCUCGAGCUCAUGGACAAUGUGCCAAAAGCCACUUUUAUACUAGCUUUUGAUGCUUUAAUAUUUGCAACUUAAGUUAAAAUUUUGUUUUUACAAACACUACUGUAACUUCAGUGAGACUGAAUGGUGUGGUUGAAGCUUUCUGGCUUAUUAUUGUAUUUAUUACACUCAAUUCAGUGGGUCUAUAAAAUUAGCUUCCACUUAUUUUUAUAUUAUUUGACAUAUUUGUACCUGCGGUUUGUGUCUGUGACUUUUACAUUUGUAAUUCAGACUUGACACUAAGAAUCAAUAAACUAUUCACCGCUAAA